UCUAUUGGAUUACAAAGUAAAAUCCAGUGGCUAGUGGUAAAAAUGCUUGUAUGAAAAUUGGACGAUAAGAAAAGCCUGCGCGCGCAUUUCCGCCAUGUUGAAAUUCUAUCCCACUCCCAUGGCACAGUAAGAAGUAAGCAGGACGUAGGUAACAGCUGUUUUGUGCAACUAAUUUUGUGAAGGGUUCACCAAAAUUAAACAAUCAACUAGGUAAAGAAUUUGUUCGAUUCUGAAUCCUGAACGUUUAAUACAGCGUGAGCACGUACGUGUCCUCAAGUGAGUUACGAAAUAAAAUUCGAAAAUUAUCGAUUUUACACACUCAAGUUUGCUUAGUGGUACUGUUUGAUAUUGUGUUUGUUUUAUCCUUAAAGCGACUACUUUGUACAUAUUUAUGAGCUUCUGUUAAAAAAAAAGAAUCGAUAACAGUUGGUAUUUGCUUUCAUUACGUGAAUGUAAGGAUAGAGACGACUAAAUACGACUACUGUGACAUCACUGUAAGGCUCAUACAUAGCUGCUUUACUUCGUUUCUCCAGUGGGAAUAUUUGAAAGAUGGCUGGCGGAGGCGACCCCAAAUGGCCGAAGGAGGCGGCGGACCAAAACUUCGAUUACAUGUUCAAGUUGCUCAUCAUUGGAAACAGUUCUGUUGGAAAGACUAGUUUUCUGUUUCGCUAUGCGGAUGACUCUUUCACUUCAGCAUUCGUGUCUACUGUAGGCAUUGACUUCAAGGUCAAAACUGUCUUCCGCCACGACAAACGUGUAAAACUCCAGAUAUGGGACACGGCGGGCCAGGAACGUUACCGCACAAUCACGACGGCAUACUACCGUGGAGCGAUGGGCUUCAUCCUCAUGUAUGAUAUCACCAACGAAGAGAGUUUCAACAGUGUUCAAGACUGGGUCACGCAGAUCGAAACCUAUUCGUGGGAUAACGCUCAAGUGAUUCUGGUGGGAAACAAGUGUGACAUGGAAGAGGAACGCGUGAUCAGCCAGGAGCGCGGUCGGCAGCUCGCUGAACAACUGGGUGUUCAGUUCUUCGAGACCAGUGCUAAGGAGAACAUUAAUGUUAAGGCUGUAUUCGAGAAACUAGUGGACAUCAUUUGCGACAAGAUGUCAGAAAGUCUCGAUUCGGAGCCAGCCAUGGUCGCCGGUGGAGCUCGCGGGCAGAAGCUCACAGAGCAGCCGCAAGGAAACAGCAACCCUAACUGCAACUGUUAAUGACAUAAAAAAAAUUAUUCCUGCCUUGAAAAUACUGGAAUUGACUCAGAGUAUCAUUUCUAUUUCUCUUUAAAUUCAAUAAUUGAAACAAUCCGCUGUAACGUCACAGAAAUGUAGAGAUUUUAUUCAUUUUUUUAUCCAGUAUCUUCAAGGUUUAUUUUUAUAAAACUAUUUCUUUUUUAUCCGUAGUUCCUAGUAAUGAGUAAUUCUACGUGAUGAACUAUUCUUUGAUAAUAAAUUAAUUUAAAUCUUGCGUACUUUACGUGAUUCGCGUUUAAAAUGAAUGUGUCGAGGAGAAAGCAUAGUUUGUUAAAGGUUGAGUAACAAUAAUGGAAAAAUAUGUAUUAGCUUAGGUGUUAAGUAGCCUCUAUAUAUUUCGAGCUGGAGUAGGGAUCUGACUCUUCUGUAGUUGUUAAUAUAUUAUCUUUUAUGAUAACUGUAUUCGAAGUUUUCAAUGUAACGAAAGUUUGCGCAAGCUGUUAAAUAUAUUAACCGCAAUUAUUGCUUUUGGUGUUUGCGUUUAGUUAAAAUUGGUUAAUGAAUGAGGUUUACAACGAGAUAAAUGUAAGCUAAUGACGAAUACUGUAUUGAUUUUGCGCAAAGAGAGAAUCAUAUGUGCAUGUGCAAUAGGCGAGGAAGACUUGUGGAAAUCGGACCAAAGUCAAAUUCAUUUGCUUUUUCACUAUGUAAUAGGCUUUUUAAAGGCGCAAAAUAUUUUUAGAAAUAAUUUAUAAUCUAUGUGUGCAUUUAAAUGGACUAAAGCUAUGCAUUCCAUUAUUUUAUUUGCUUUAUAAAUAAAUUAAUUUCU